CUCUGCCGGACCCUCCUUUCUUUUUCUUUUGCCUCCUCCUUUUUCUUCAAAAGUUCUCCCAAGAGUGGGAGGGAGAUAGCGCAGAGGCGAAGCAAUCUGAGUGAUUGCAUCUCCCACCCAAACGUUCAUAUCUCAAUCAAUCUAAUCGAAAGCCAGGGUGAAGGAAGAAGAAGAAGCAGAGGAAGAGGAAGCGGAAGAGGCAGAUAUGGGAUUGCUGUCCAACAAGAUCGAGAGGGACCAACUCAAGCCUGGGGAUCACAUCUACUCUUGGCGUCUCUCCUACCUCUACGCCCACCACGGAAUAUACAUUGGUGAAGGGAAGGUUAUUCACUUCACUCGAGGGGCAGGACACGAAAUCGGCACAGGGACUGUGUUAGACCGCAUCAAUUCGAGCUCAUCUCUCUAUCCUCCUGUCGGUAUACAAUGCCAGAUAUGUGGAGAUCAGUCGAGACUUGAUAAUGUCAUCUCUUCGUGCAUCGAUUGCUUCCUUUCAGGUGGAAACCUCUACCUCUUUGAGUACGGCGUGUCCUCUGUUUUCCAUCUUGCUAGCGUUCGAGGAGGGACUUGCACCCUUGCGAAAUCCGACCCCCCUGAAGAUGUGCUUCACCGUGCCUCUUACCUCCUCCAGAAUGGCUUUGGAGGCUACAAUCUUUUCAAGAACAACUGUGAGGACUUUGCUCUCUACUGUAAAACGGGUCUGCUUGUCGAGACAGCAAUUAGCGAAGGCCGAAGUGGGCAAGCAGCAGCUUUUCAGGCUGCUAAAAGUGCUGUUAAGUCCUCUCCUACACUUGCAUUCUUGAUGACCCGUGUUCGUGGUCUGUCAGUUAGAGGUCUGGCAGGUAGCGGUCUGGCAGUUGGUGGUCUGGCAGUUGGUGGUCUGGCAGCUGUGAGUUAUGGCAGGUAUUGCAUCAAUCUUUUGGUCUCUGACAUUGGGUUUCGCCAUGAUGUGGUUAAAGUACCGGCCGAAAGACUUGUGGAUCAAUCUCAUUUAAGUGAUCCCCAAGCUGCUGUGGAUAGUCCCACUCCCAGUUGUAUUGGGGUUCGCCAUGAUGUGGUUAAAGUACCGGCCGAAAGACUUGUGGAUCAAUCUCAUUUAAGUGAUCCCCAAGCUGCUGUGGAUAGUCCCACUCCCAGUUGUAUUGGGGUUCGCCAUGAUGUGGUUAAAGUACCGGCCGAAAGACUUGUGGAUCAAUCUCAUUUAUGUGAUCCCCAAGCUGCUGUGGAUAGUCCCACUCCCAGUUGUAUUGGGGUUCGCCAUGAUGUGGUUAAAGUACCGGCCGAAAGACUUGUGGAUCAAUCUCAUUUAUGUGAUCCCCAAGCUGCUGUGGAUAGUCCCACUCCCAGUCGUAUUGUCAAAGCCAAGAUUGACUAAAGAUUGCACGCUUCAAUUUGCCGGCAGUCUCCGCCAGAACUUUGCCCGCAGUGGAGAUGAAAACACUCUGUAAAAUGUACGCUUUAACUCUUUGUCGGAUGUUACUUCUGCAAACCAUACCCAGUAGAAAUUUUAAGUACUCUUCAAACUGCAGCUUUGUCGGAUUUGCCAUCAGAGGUCCUUGAGAUGUUUGGGUGUGUGUAGUCUUGUUUCUUGUUGUGUAAACGAACUGAUCAGAUUUGCUUUCAACAGGAUCUGACCCGAUGAUCGUCACCAUCUCUGUAUAGAAGUAAAGUCGCAAGAGAGAGUGGUUCUACCGUUCUCUGCAAUUCUGAUAUUUCUGCUUCUGGAUUGUUUUUAA